CCCAAAAAAUGAGGCUUGUUCGUUCACACCCGGUGCGGUUUCAUGUAGACCUACAGCUAGGAUGGCUGCGGCGGAGGCCCAGGGUCGCCUUUGGCUUGAGAGCCCUUCUGGCGGGCCGCCUCCCAUCUUUCUGCCUUUGGAUGGCGAAGCACUGGUCCUGGGUCGGGGACCCCUGACCCAGGUGACGGACCGGAAGUGUUCCCGAAAGCAAGUGGAGCUGCUGGCCGACCCCAAGACGCGGACCGUGGCGGUGAAACAGCUGGGAGUUAACCCUUCUACUGCUGGGGCCCUGGAGUUGAAGCCAGGGUUGAAGGGUUCUCUGAGGGUAGGGGACACGUUGUAUCUGGUCAAUGGCCUUCAUCCCCUGACCCUGAGAUGGGAAGAGAUCCAAAUGCCAGGAUCCCAUCCAGAAACACCACCUGGCACCCCUUCACCGACCCCAAAGGAAGAAGAGGCAAAGGAUGGGGCUACUGAGCCUCAGAAAAAGCGGAGGCGAAAGUUCUCUUCUGGCUGGAAGAAUUUGGAGAAGUUGCUGGUGUUUACUGCACCUGGAGUGAAGCCCCGGGGCAAGGUAGCUGCCUUUGAUCUGGACGGCACUCUUAUCACCACCCGCUCUGGGAAAGUCUUCCCCACUGGCCCUAAUGACUGGAGGAUCUUGUACCCAGAGAUUUCGAGGAAGCUCCAGGAGCUGGACACUGAAGGCUACAAGCUGGUGAUCUUCACCAAUCAGAUGGGCAUCGGGCGAGGGAAGCUGCCAGCAGAGGAGUUCAAAGCCAAGGUGGAGGCUGUGUUGGAGAAACUGGAGGUCCCCUUCCAGGUGCUAGUGUCCACGCAUGCAGGCCUGUACCGCAAGCCAGUGAGCGGCAUGUGGGACUACCUUCAGGACCAGGCCAAUGAAGGCAUGCCCAUCUCCAUCAAGGACAGCAUCUUCGUGGGAGAUGCAGCUGGCCGCCCGGCCAACUGGGCUCCAGGGCGGAAGAAGGACUUCUCAUGUGCAGACCGACUGUUCGCCCUCAACCUUGGUCUGCCCUUCUCCACACCAGAGGAGUUCUUCCUUAAAUGGCCUACUGCACGCUUUGAGCUCCCAGCCUUUGAUCCGAGGACAGUAUCCCCUGCCGGGCCUCUCUGCCUCCCAGAGUCCAGCUCCCUCCUCAGCUCCAGCCCAGAGGUGGUUGUUGCUGUGGGAUUCCCUGGCGCUGGCAAGUCCACCUUUCUGGAAGAACAUCUUGUGUCAGCUGGAUAUGUCCACAUCAACAGGGACACACUGGGCUCGUGGCAGCGCUGUGUGAAUACCUGCGAGGCAGCACUGAAGCAGGGGAAGCGGGUCGUAAUUGACAACACCAACCCUGACAUCCAGAGUCGUGCCAGGUACAUCCAGUGUGCCCGGGAUGCAGGAGUGAGCAGCCGCUGCUUCCUCUUUGAGGCCUCUCUGGAGCAGGCUCGCCACAACAACCGGUUCCGACAGAUGACUGGAUCCUCACACCCUCCAGUGUCCGAUGUAGUCCUGUUCAGCUACAGGAAGCAGUUUGAGGCCCCAACGCUGGCAGAAGGUUUUGCAGAGAUCCUGCAGAUCCCAUUUAGGCUGUGCCUGAAGCCUUCCCUUGAGCGACUGUACCGCCAGUUCUCUGAGGGCUGAACCAAAUCCGCAAUAAAUGCUGCCAUUCUACUGGCUAACUUGCUGGGGCA